AUGUUUAAGAACGAUCUUUCGUAUUUAUAUUCUGAUGAUUUAAUUACUUCAACUGUACAAGAUUCGCCAAUGAAAGUGACGAAGAGAUGCGAAAAUGAAGCAGUUCGAAUUGGAGUCAACCGACGUGCAAUGACGAUAAAUCAUCGAUCAAAACAUUUAUUAAUAUUUGGCGAUGAUUUGCUCAAACGUGAUCGAAAUCGAUUAAUAAGUAGAAAAAUGAAAGACAAACGACAUUACUCAGAAAAGAAUCUCCUCAAACAAAUUUGUCAAUUGGAAAGUGGAUCAUCGAUUAUCGAAAAUCAACUAAGGCAACUUCAACUACCAAAGAAUACUUUAGAAGAUGUAACAAACAACAACUUCUCAUUGAAAAUGACGAUCGAUUCAGACUUUGAUCUGUCGAUGAAAUCUUAA